CCAACCCAUUCCAGGCACUGCACACCCUGCUCCACAGACGCAAGGUAGAGAGUUACCACGUCCCAGUCAGAUGGAACCAGGAAAAUUGUAUUCAGAUCCAAAACUUCGUUUCAAUGAUCAAGAAUGGAUAACAGGGUAUGCGACAUUAGAACGUCUUAAUGCCACAGCCAAAGAUAAACCAUUUCUUCAGAAUAUCACGGAUGUUAUUUCCAAAGGCGUAUUAGAAAAUAUUUCUGGUUUCUUUUCAGGCCGUACGGCUGCGGUACCGCAGAAAAAUACAGAAAACAAUUCAGUCAUACGGCCGAAAAAUAUUGAACAACAUUAUGAUGA